CAGCUGUAGAUGUCAACGCCUCUGCCAACACAGUCAGUCGAAGCUUGAUUUCAGUUCCAUGUCAAUUUCAUCAAAGGACUUUCAUGACAGAUUUACGAAAACCAAUGUGUGAGCAAAGGCACAGAAGCAGAUACAGUGGAAGAGUGAUGUCAUGUAUGCCUUGAUCUGACAAUACAAAUGAGGAAACAUUCAAUACUUCACAGAUAAAACAGAUCCUGGUGGAUGAGCAAGAUGGAUGAAGGAGGAUGUUACGUCCAAGGAAACAUCAUUAUCAAGCAAGAACCUGAAACUGAUGACGACUAUGGCACUAUGUCCCAGGACUACCCGGGAUGUCCUGAAGGAGACUUUCACAGACAUGACCACCUGGUGAUGUCACAGGGUUACCCUCAUGAAGGGGACGAAAGUGACUCUGGUAACCAUGACAACAUGGGUCACUCUCAGAAAUGUUCUGCAGAAGAUUCUGGAAUCCAUGACUACAAGGUUGUGUCGUAUGAUUUUGAGAACGAGGGUAUUGGAAAAUACAGUAUCGUGAAGACAGAGUAUAGUCCCACUGACUCCGAUGAUGAUUCCACAGUGAAUGAAUCAUCUCCACAUAGAUCCACAGGAGAGGCUGCAGAAGAAGCUGUGGAUGAGGAUGUCGGACGUCCUACAGUCAAAGAAGAGAGUGUGGAUGACAGUUAUGAUAUUGCAUACAACCACACCCACGUUCAUGUCAAAGAGGAAGUGUUUACCUCGGAGGGUUCAGAGCAGAGUGCAAAUGAAGAACAGAUAGAGGAAGAUGAGGAUGAGAUAAAGCUUGAGAAUUCAUUUAAAAGACAAAGGCGAUUAAGGAAAGUGAAAAGAAAUCCUAGUUUUGAAUACGAAAAUGAUUCACCAUGUUCACAUGGGGAAGUUCUCGAGCAUGAGACGUCAAUUGAGUUUGAAAUUUACAUGGACAGAGAAGAAGAACAUGAACAUGGAAUGGGCGACAAAUCUGCUCAAGUUCAAGAUCCAGGAACCUCACAUAGCAUGGAGAAAAGAACCCCAUGUGACAAAGAGGACAACAGCAAAAUGAUAGCAAGGUAUGCCUUAUACGACGUGGAGAAUAGUGAAAUGGUUGGGAUCAAAUCAGUCAAUCCCAAAGUGUGUGAAAUCUGCAACAAACAGUUUCAAUAUGAGUUCCAUAAGAAGUUCCACAUGCAGAAGGUGCAUCCAGAGACACUGGAAAAUGAUAAGAGGAAAAAAUGUAGGGAGGAUGACUCCAGGAACAAAGGAGCAAAAGGAAAGUUUAAUCCUCGAGCUCGGUACAGUAAGACCUGUUUCAUCUGCAGAAACAAGAUCUACACUCAUCCCUAUUACUUGAAUCUUCACAUGCAAGAAGUUCAUCCAGAAUGGCUUAUUGACAACAAAAUGAUUCAAAAUCUUACUGCAGAUGAUGACACGGAUACCUCUCAGGCUGAAAACAAGAAAAAAUUAUGUCCAGUUUGUAAUGAGGAAUUUCGCUUUGCCUUUCAGCUCAAAUAUCACAUUCAGAAGGCACAUGCUGAGAUUCUAGUAGAAGACAAGAGAGUUGACACUACCAAGCUUCCGUCCAGAGAAGAAUCAGAGAUCGCUGUUGAUGAUGAGGCAUCUCGGCUAGUGAAACCAGUGGUAUCUACAAACCCACUUGGAGGAAUAAAAUUGACAUACACUGUUCAAGAUAUUCUUAACAUCAAGAGGAAUAUGGAGAAAGAGACUGCAGCCAAGGAAGCUAAAGAGGCACAGAGACUGGCAAAAUGUCUCGAACCCAAGAAAGAGACUUGGACGACCUCCUAA